AUGGCAAAUCUAACGAAACUCGAAUUCGCAGGUCUUGACAUCUCAGGAAAUAAUUAUAUUUCUUGGGCACUUGAUAUCGAGCUUCAUUUGGAAGCUAAAGGUCUCAGGCAUACUAUUACGGAAGGAAACAACGCGUCCAUCCAGGACCGCGCUACGGCUCUAAUUUUCCUUCGCCAUCAUCUCCAUGAUGAUUUAAAAAGGGAAUAUUUGACAGUUAAGGAUCCAUUUACUUUAUGGAACUGUCUGAAAAAACGGUUUGACCACCUGAAGUUGGUCAUACUUCCAAAAGCUCGGAAUGAUUGGUUGAACUUGCGGCUGCAAGAUUUUCGAUCAGUGGCAGCUUAUAAUUCUGCUCUAUUUAAAAUCACCUCGACAUUAAAAUUGUGCGGGGAAAAUGUCAUUGACGAACAAAUGUUAGAGAAAACAUUUACAACUUUUCAUGCCUCGAAUGUGCUCCUGCAGCAGCAAUAUCGAGAGCGUAAAUUUACAGAAUAUUCCGAGCUAAUUUUCUGCUUGUUGAUUGCAGAGCAGAAUAAUGAGCUUUUGUUAAGAAACCAUGAAGCUUGUCAUGUUGGUUCCGCAGCGGUGCCUAAAGCACACGCUGCUACGCAUUUUAGAUGA